AUGAGUGUGUUGUUCCCGGUAACCGUUUUCGGUUUCCGUAAGGUAAUGCCCAAAAAGAACGAGAAGCCUCGCAACAGUAGUAUCUCACAGGCAAGGCUCGAUCAGAACAAAGUUCGAAAACGUCGUCAGACAGUCUUUCGCAAACUGGACGAGCUGCAAAAGUACGGCGUCGAUAUUUACGUCGUUAUUAAUCAAAACAACAGAUAUUACACGUAUACAUCGAAGAAAACCGAAUCUUGGCCGCCGUCCCCGGGGAAAAUAGUAAGGGUCGUUUUGAACAUGCCAAGGGAGGUAGAACGAAGCCGACAGCUAGCAGACUGGGCCGCCAAGUACUACAACUAUCAGGGCUCGUUUUGCCUGGUUUUGGGUUUUCACGAAGCGUUUUCGGGACUGGAUCAGACAAUGCAGAGCCCGGAAUGA